UGUCGCUCUAGCCUGCGCAGCUGACGGUGAGACGGCCUGGGUACCUUUCUAGGCUGCGGUCGGCCAUGGGGGCGUUGCGCAAAGCGCUGCUAGUGGGCGCGCUACUGGGUGCGGGGGCUGGCGUGGGCUCGGCACUUUUUGCCCUCGUGACCCCAGGAGAGCAGCAGAAGCACACGAUGCUGAAGGAGAUGCCGGAACAGGACCCGCGGCGCAGGGAGGAGGCGGCCUUGACCAAACAGUUAGUGCUGGCCACUUUGCAAAAUGCAGCGGCCACCCAGGAGAACGUCGCCUGGAGGAAGAACUGGCUGGUCGGCGGAGGCGGGAGGUCGGCCUAGCCCGGAUCUCCCCCGUGGGCGCAGGGACCUCCGCGCCGGCGCAGAAGUCCGAGGCGGUCUUUCUCCUCAGUGGACCCGGCGGGGACUCGGGAUCGGGAUGGCGCCUGCGCCGGGUCCCCCGGGGGCCCGGCGAGCUGCCAAUGGGUGAGCACGCUCUCUCCCACCCCCUGCACUGACUUCGCUUUAACGUCCUCGCCGCGAGCCGGGAUAUCGUUUGCGAUGAACUGAACGAACCAAAUAAAUCAUGUCCCUCCAUUUAGAGAUUGAGCCCAGCGGC